CUGAUUUGUUAUCAGAAACGAACAUACACAAAUAUGAACUUUGGCUGCACUAUGUGCUCAUAGCUUAAUAUGAAGAUUGCCCAAAAAAUCAAUCCAUUGAAGAUGACACGCACAGUUGUCCCUAGUCCAAUUGUCCAUGAACUUCUAAACAAAAAUAACUAUGAAGAAUGGAGUUUGCAAGUUAAAACCUAUAUGUUGGCAGAAGAUCUUUGGGACGUUGUAGAAGCCACCACUAAGCCCCCCGAACAAGAAGAUGAUGAAGUUGAAUUUAAAGCUUGGAGGAAGAGUAAUGCCAAGGCUUUGCACUCCAUCCAGAUUUCUUGUGGGGUUGAUACUUUUUCUUUUAUUAUGGGCGCCAGCGCGGCCAAAGUUGCCUGGGAUAUUUUGGCAAAAGAGUUGAAGCCAGCUAAAGCAUCCCAAGCCACAGGAACCGGGGAGAUAUCCAACGAUCACACGAAUAACAACCCAAAGAUUGUUGAGGCAGAGCCAGAGAAUGAUGUCAUAAAAGAAUUGCCCCAUGAAGGAGACGAAGACAACCAAGUUAAUCAAACUAUUACGGAUUUCAUGAGGAGGGGUGAGUUUGAUGCUGCGAUGGGGCUUCUUAAGCUAAAUCCUGAGGCAGUAACUGCGAUAAUUAGGGAAGAUGAGACUAUUCUUCACUGGGCAGUCUCUUUUAAGAAGCUGGACAUUGCAAAAGAAUUGGUGCACUUAAUGAGACCAGAAGACUUGGAAAUACAAGACUCUGAGGGUCUUACUGCUCUUCAUCGUGUUAUAUUGGAUAUUCCAGAAAGCGUCGAACUAGCCAAAUGCAUGGUUGAAAAGAACAAGAAGUUACUCAGAAUUGUCCUUCCUUACCAGAAAACCAUCCCACUUUUGGCCGGCAAAAUUACCCCACUUAUUCAGGUUCAUUGUCGUCUUCGUGGAGGAGAAAAAAUGGCUCAAUACCUUUAUUCCGUCACUCCGCACGAAACACUGAACGAUUCCGAACGCGCUGCGCUUAUUAUCCACGGUCUUAUGUUAAAAAGAUUUGAUAUUGCGUGGAAUUUAAUUCAGCGUUGCCCGGAGUCAGUCAUUGCUAAAAAUUUUUACGGGAGAACACCUUUAAAUGAACUAGCUGGUAUGCGUUCUGCAUUCUUAAGUGGAAGCUCGCUCAAUUUCUGGGAACAAUGGAUUUAUGACGGCAUACAAAUAAAACCAAUUGAGGAACCUAUUCCUACCAUUGAUGAUGCUGUUUUUAUAAACGUUCCAAAAUCGGAAGAUGGCAACCAGAGUAAUAAAAGGCAAAGGCAUCUCAUUUGCUCAGAUACGAGUUUAUUUCGUGGACUAGUGGUCAAGACCUUCGGUAAACUUUUGGGAUUCGAUCGUAUAUAUCAAAUGAAAUUGGUCCAUGUUCGGAUCCUUAAAUUUCUAGCACACAUGUGUGAAGUGACAAAAAAGAAAGAUGUCAAAGAAUUGCAAGGCUUGGAAGCAGCAAUGUUCCUAGCAAUAAAAAGAGGACAUGUGGAGUAUAUUACUCAUUUAUACAGAGCAAAUUAUAACCUCCGUCAAAUCACCAAUGAAAAAGGCCGGAACAUCUUUCAAUUUGCAGCUGAAUGUCGUCAACAUAAAGUUUUUAGUCUAUUAUAUGGACUACAUGAAAACAACCGGGAAUGGUUCGUAAGUUGGAAAGAUAAGUCGAGAAAUAACAUGUUGCAUGUGGUAGGAACUAUUUCCUCCGCCGCACAGAUUAAUCUUAUUCGAGGUGCAGCUUUGCAAAUGCAAAGGGAACUGCAAUGGUUCAAGGAGGUGGAACGUUUUGCACAGCCCGUAGAUCAUGAAGUAAUAAAUAAAACGGAUGAGAUGACACCACGUGAAUUAUUUACCAAGGGUCACAAGGACUUGGUGAAAGAGGGUGAAAAGGCAAUGAAAGGUACAGCAACAUCUUGUACAGUCGUAGGGGCUCUCAUCGUUACUAUCAUGUUUGCUGCAGCGUUUACGGUUCCUGGUGGAAAUAAACAAGAUACAGGUCUUCCUAUGUUCUUAAGUCAAAGGGCAUUCAUAACUUUUAUAGUUUCAGAUGUUAUAUCACUCUUUUCUUCCACAACUUCAGUAAUGAUAUUUUUGGGAAUCCUCACAUCGCGUUAUGCUGAAGAUGAUUUCCUGAAAUCAUUGCCAACAAAAAUGAUAUUAGGCCUUAUCACCCUUUUUUUAUCUAUCGCCACCAUGAUGAUAGCUUUUUCUUCAGCCCUUUCCAUUAUGCUUCAUGGAAAAUCAUCUAUUGUUAUUCUAGUUACUUUGCUUGCAAGUGUUCCAGUUGCAUCUUUCAUAUGGAUGCAAUUUCCCCUCCUUCUUGAGUUAGUCAUUUCUACUUACGGAGCAGGAGUGUUUGAUAGCAAAAUAAAGGAUUGGCCUCGUGAAGACCCCAAAUACUCGGUCUCGUGUUAACGUGAUUAUAAAUUAUGCUUAUUAGUUUUGGAGUUGCUAUAAUUUUUUUAUUAUUUUAU